AUGAGUACAACAAUAGAUUCAAAACCAUCACACAGCAUAUCCACUUCACAAACAACAACGGAUCGUGUGCAAACUUCAAUUUGUCGGACAAACUUUAUUGAGCAACAAAACUUAGAAAACUUUCAGAUCGUUUGGCUUGAUGCUAAUAUCAAUAAAACAGAUCAUAAUUCCCAAACAAUAUGUCGAUUACGUGCUGUUAUUAAUAAUCUAAAUAUAUUUGAUAAUGUUUGUGACUGUUAUGACUACAUAGCCGGUGUUCAAAAUGAAAAAGUAUUUCUAAUUGUAUCAGGUUCAAUUAGUCAAUAUAUAUUACCAUAUACUGAUCAAAUGCCACAAAUUCAAUUUAUUUAUAUAUACUGUUUUAACAUCAAAAAACAUGAACAAUGGGCAAUGAAUUAUGACAUAGUGCGUGGUACAUAUACUAAUAUGAAUGAUAUUUGUGAGCAAUUAAGUAAAGAUGUCACCAGUUCACGUCAAUUCCUAUUCAUGAAUAUUCUUUCUACAACCAUAAAAGAAAAAGAAAUUAAUAAACAAGAAGCUUCAUUCAUGUAUUUUCAAUUGUUAACUGACAUCUUAAUCGGAAUGGAACAUGAAGAUGAUGCAAAAACAGAUAUGAUUAAUCACUGUCGAUUACAAUAUAUUGGAAAUGAAAUCGAUUUGAAAUAUAUCGAUGAAUUUGAUAAGACUUAUAGUCCAAAUGAAGCCAUAUGGUGGUACACAAGACAUUGCUUUUUAUUUGAAAUAUUGAAUAAAGCACUUCGAAUUCAAGACAUUGAUAUUCUAUUUAAAUAUCGUUUCUUCUUAACUGAUCUUCAUAAUCAAACAAAACAAUUACAUUCAGAGUUUGUUCAAUCAUUUACAACAAAAAAUAUCGACAAUGAACAAAGAACAGUGACUGUGUAUCGCGGCCAAGGCAUAAAUGCAGAUGAGCUUGAAAACCUAAAGAAUAAUCUUGGAGGGCUUUUAUCAUUCAACAACUUUUUAUCCACAAGUACCAAUCCAAAGGUGGCACUCAUGUUCCUCCCAAUUAAAUCGGAUCUUCAAUCUGUUCUUUUUGAAAUAAUUGCUAAAUAUAGUGAAGACACAAAACCAUUCUGUAGCCUUAAGGGACUAAGCAACUUUAAUCAAGAACAAGAAGUCCUUUUCUCUAUCGGAAGUAUAUUCCGAAUUGAAUCACUUGAUAACUUCAGCAACGGAGUCACGAAGAUAAGCUUGAUAUUGACUGCACAAGAGGAUGAACAGCUCAAGCAAUUAAGACAACACAUUCGUAUGAAAUUCGGAGAAGAGUUAAACCUGAACGCCCUCGGUGUGCUCAUGAUAGACAUGGGAGAAUAUCACUACGCUCAACAAUAUUUCAUAACAUCAAUUACAAACCAUCAGCAAGCACACGCUGAUAUAUCACAAGACUACAAUUAUAUAGGAAUAGCUCACGCUAAGAACGGUGAAUACGAUAAAGCAUUAGAGAAUUAUGAAAGGACACUUGAAAUUCAACUCAAGUCAUUGCCAGCCAAUCAUCCGUCAUUAGCAGUUACAUAUAGUAACAUUGGAUUAGUUCAUCAUGAGAAAGGUGAAUACGAUAAAUUAUUAGAGACUUAUGAAAGGACACUUGAAAUUCAACUCAAGUCAUUGCCAUCCAAUCAUCCAUCAUUAGCAACUACAUAUAGUAAUAUGGGAACAACUUUAAAUGCAAAAGGUGAAUACGAUAAAGCAUUAGAGAAUUAUCAGAGGGCACUUGAAAUUCAACUCAAGUCACUGCCAUCCAAUCAUCCAUCAUCAGCAACUAUAUAUAGUAACAUUGGAUUAGUUCAUCAUGAGAAAGGUGAAUACGAUAAAGCAUUAGAGACCUAUGAAAGGACACUUGAAAUUCAACUCAAGUCACUGCCAUCCAAUCAUCCAUCAUUAGCAACUACAUAUAAUCAUACUGGAUCAGCUUUAAAUGCAAAAGGUGAAUACGAUAAAGCAUUAGAGACUUAUGAAAGGUCACUUGAAAUUCAACUCAAGUCAUUGCCAUCCAAUCAUCCGUCAUUAGCAAUUACUUAUAGUAACAUUGGAACAGUUCAUCAUGAGAAAGGUGAAUACGAUAAAGCAUUGGAGACUUAUGAAAAAACACUUGAAAUUCAACUCAAGUCAUUGCCAUCCAAUCAUCCAUCAUUAGCAAUUACAUAUAGUAAUAUGGCAACAACUUUAAAUGCAAAAGGUGAAUACGAUAAAGCAUUAGAGAAUUAUCAGAGGGCACUUGAAAUUCAACUUAAGUCACUGCCAUCCAAUCAUCCAUCAUUAGCAACUACAUAUAAUCAUACUGGAUCAGCUUUAAAUGCAAAAGGUGAAUACGAUAAAGCAUUCGAGACUUAUGAAAGGUCACUUGAAAUUCAACUCAAGUCAUUGCCAUCCAAUCAUCCGUCAUUAGCAAUUACAUAUAGUAACAUUGGAUUAGUUCAUCAUGAGAAAGGUGAAUACGAUAAAUCAUUAGAAAUUUAUGAAAGGACGCUUGACAUUCAACUCAACUCAUUACCAUCCAGCCAUCCAUCCUUAGCAACCACAUAUGCUGGUAUUGGACUAGUUCAUCAGGCGAAGUGUGAGUACGAUAAAGCAUUUGAGAAUUUUGAAAGGACACUUGAAAUUCAACUCAAGUCAUUGCCAUCGAUAUCGGUCAAAAAAUUUAUAAAAACUGCGGUAAUAUACAGAAGAUUAUGUUAA